UGAAAAACGAUGUCGUUUCAUCAAGGGUUUUAGGUCGUUUGGCCAUUGUUGUUUAUCACUGCAAAGAGAAGAGAUGGUUCUGUCGAACAAGAAGCUGAAGCAGAAGCUCAGAGCCGCUUUGGCGGAAUCAUUAGUAGUAUCAGUCGCCGGAACAACUGACCCGACCACAACCGAUUCAACAUCAACGAACCCGGACCCCAAUCCACAAUCUCUCAAAAACCUCCUGGGCUCCGCAACCCAGAUACCCAGAUUGUCCAAGAGAGAAAAACGCAGAAAAACCCUGUCUUUGCAGGGUCCUGAGCUUGCGGGCACAAGCAAUCAGAGUGAAGAGAAGGAAGCCAAUACAGAGGCUUUGACUGAUGAUGGUAAUAAUACUGAAAACAAGGAUAAGAAAAAGAAGAAAAGGAAGAGAGAUGGAGAGGUGGACGAUGGAGAGGUGGGAUUGGAAGAGAAUAAAAAUAAGUUGAAGAAGAAGAAGAACAAAAAGAAGAAGAAGAAGAAGCAGAAGAGUGAGGGACAGAACAAGGAUGUUGAGAAUGAAGGUGGAGAAAAGGGGGUGCUCAAAGUGGCAGCUCAGAUCAGUGACAGUCAAGAAAAUGGGGAUGCUUCUAAUAAGGUUUAUGUUGGAGGGAUUCCAUAUUAUUCAACUGAGGAUGAUAUUCGGAGUUACUUUGAUAGUUGUGGCACCAUAACUGAAGUUGACUGUAUGACGUUUCCUGAGAGUGGAAAGUUCAGAGGGAUAGCCAUUAUCAGUUUCAAGACAGAAGCUGCAGCUAAAAGAGCUCUGGCUCUCGAUGGUGCUGACAUGGGAGGACUGUUCCUGAAAAUCCAGCCAUACAAGACAACUAGAGCCAACAAAUCAUCAGAUUUUGCCCCAGAAAUGGUGGAAGGCUACAAUAGAAUAUAUGUUGGGAAUUUGCCAUGGGAUAUCACUGAGGAUGAAGUAAGGAAAUUUUUCUCACGUUGCAAUGUAUCAUCUAUUAGAUUCGGUAUGGACAAGGAAACACAGGAAUUCCGAGGCUAUGCCCAUGUGGAUUUCUCUGAUAAUCCAUCUCUAACAAUGGCCUUAAAGUUGGAUCAAGAAAUCGUGUGUGGGAGACCCGCGAAGAUAAGAUGUGCCGUCCCUAAGAAAGGAGCUAAGGAUUACUCCACACCUGCCCCCUCAAGUGAAAAAGCUGUAAAUGAUGGUGGGUUAACCUCUGGCAGUGGGAAGAUGAAGAGAAGGACGUGCUACGAGUGUGGUGAACGGGGCCAUAUUUCAUCAGCUUGUCCAAAGAAGCAAGCUCCUGAUUUGAAGAAUUCUAGUUCAAGUUAAUAGUGAAUAACCACCUCUAAUCAUUUUCCCAUUUGUCUAAGUUAUUCAGAUGUAGUUGUUUUAAAGAUUGGUUUAGGAACUAUACCUUCUUUCUUUGACUACAUUCUCAAUUUUAUUAAUCAAACAAAUCCCCUGAUUUCAUGAUUUUCCUAUCA